AUGUUGAGCUCCCCGUGGUUGGGUGACAUGAUCAGCCGGCCACAGUUCGGUGGGCCGGUCAAGAAGAGAAGCGAGGAGGGGGCACGCACCCAGCCGGUGUCCAGCCGGCGUCCAGUCCGGUGCAGCCGGGUCCAGUCGGGCAGCGAGUCCUGGUGCAGCGGGUCCAGUCCGGUGCAGCCGCUCCAGUCCGGUGCAGCGUCCAGUCUUCGUGUGCCAGUCGUGUCCAGUCUUGUGUCCGUGUGUCAGUCUGUGUCCAGGCGUGAUCCAGCCGCUCCAGUCCGCUCAUCCUCUCCCCAUUUAGAUAAUGAGCUCCUGUAUCGCACCCGUGAGGGGGAUGUGGUCCGCUUUAACAUGGAGACCAAUGAGAGCACAAUCCUGGUCACAAACAGGAAGUUUGAAAUGUACAAAGCCAGCAAGUAUGAAGUUUCCCCGGAUAUGAAACUGGUUCUACUGGCCUACAACGUCCAGCCGGUGUAUGAGCACUCCUUUACUGCAGACUACAUCAUCUGCAGCUUAGAAAACCCAGAAACAUGGAUCCUGAACCCUCCAGAAGUGCGCAACGCUCAUCUGCAGUUUGCUGGAUGGGGUCCACAAGGCCAGCAGCUGAUUUUUAUAUUUGAGAAUAACGUUUACUACCGAGCCACCGUGGGAAACAGAUCCAUUCGCCUGGUUUCUACUGGAAAGGAAGGUGUGAUAUUUAAUGGCCUCAGCGACUGGCUGUACGAAGCCGAGAUAUUUAAGUCCCAUAUCGCCCACUGGUGGUCUUCGGAUGGAGCAAGAAUCGCAUACGCAACCAUCAACAACACGCUGGUGCCCAAGAUGGAGAUUGCGAUGUUCACCGGCUCUGUGUACCCCACGGCUAGACAAUACCACUAUCCUAAAGCAGGAGAGGAAAACCCUGUCAUCUCACUAUAUGUCGUGAACCUCAAUGGUCCUUUACACACUAUUGAGAUGAGACGGCCCGAAGACCAGAGGAUAGGCUGUGACAUUGUUUCGCUGCUCACUCCAAAACACGAGGAUGAAAGCGAGGGUUGGCUAAACAGACAGAACGAAGAGCCGCUGUUCUCUAAAGAUGGACUCAGGCUGUUCUUCACCAGAGCAAUCCCACAGGGAGGACGAGGAAAGUUCUUUCACAUCUCCAUGUCCAUCUCGCAGCCCAACAGCAGCACAGAUACUCUACAGUCCAUCACAUCUGGAGACUGGGACGUCACACGCGUUCUGGCCUAUGAUGAGGACAGCCAGUUAAUAUAUUUCCUGAGCACUGAGGACAAUCCUAAAAGAAGACAUCUGUACAGCGCAGACACGGUCGGCACCUUCAACCGCCGCUGUCUGUCCUGUGAUUUCACUGACAGCUGUGGAUACGUCACUGGCUCCUUCAGUCACAGCAGGGAUUACUUUCUGCUCGACUGUAAAGGUCCUGGAGUUCCUUUUGUGGCAGUAUACAGCACCCUGGACAAACAGAAGGUGUGUGACAUCGAGCUGAAUUUGAACCUGAGGAGAAGCCUGGACUCAGUCCAGAUGCCGCGAGUGGAAUACAGAGAGAUAAACAUAGAGGAUUACAGCCUCAGCAUGCAGAUCCUGAAACCUGCCGGCUUCAUAGAAACAUCCCACUACCCGCUUCUGCUUCUCGUAGAUGGUACUCCAGGCAGUCAGUCGGUCUCAGAGCAGUUCCACAUUGAUUGGCCGCUGGUGAUGGUCAGCAGUUUCGGGGCGGUUGCUGUGCGCUUUGACGGUCGUGGAAGUGGCUUUCAAGGGACUAACUUUCUCCAUAAGGUGCAGCGCAGGCUGGGGAUGUUCGAGGAAAAAGACCAGCUGGAGGCCCUCAGAGUUAUGCUGAAGGAGCCGUACGUUGACAAGACCAGAAUUGGAGCUUUUGGGCAGGUGUAUGGAGGUUAUAUCACCAGUCUUCUGCUGAGCUCUGAAGAGUCUGUGCUCAAGUGUGCUGCAGUCCUCUCACCCAUCACUGACUUUACACUAUACGCUUCAGCUUUCUCAGAAAGAUAUCUGGGUCCUCCUAAACCGGAUCGGAGAGCAUACGAGAUGGCCAACCUUGCGUACAGAGCGUCUCAGUUCGUCGAUAAGAAGUUUUUAAUCAUUCAUCCAACUGCAGAUGAAAAAGUCCACUUUCAACACACAGCCAAAUUGAUCUCCAGAUUAAUCAGUGAGAGAGCAAACUACACUCUGCAGAUCUAUCCAGAUGAAGGUCACUUCAUUCACAACGAGAGAACGCGGCAGCACCUCAGUCAGUCGCUGGUCAACUUCUUUGAGGAGUGUUUCAGACUCCCAGACCGAGUGUUCGAGGAGGUGCUAGAGGAGGAGAGCGAGGAAGAGGGUUAAUGCUCCUCGUCCGUCACGUCCAAGCACAAAGCCAGCUCCUUUUGCCACAUAAUAUGCAACCCAUAGAUUUGUUCUUCAGUUUUCUUCUCAACGGUCCCUCCGCACCUCGCGGUGUAGCAUGCUGACUCUGAGACUGCCCCGCCUCGACUUACCUUCAGGUGCUCCUCACACACUCUCUCCAUCCGUCAAACCGCUGCGGGCCGACGCCGCACCAUCUCUCUCAACCAGGCAAGCCAGCUGUGAGCUCACGCGAGGGUCAUGAAGAAGACGCAGGCUCGGGUCUGUCCGUCACGUGGACGGAUGAGAUGCUGCCAUACGAACUGAGUGCUGAGCGAGAUGGGAUCCCAGUAAGCUGUGAAACUCACAGGAGACUCGAGGCUUAACCGCACAAUACCUGGAGUUUAAACAGUGGGACGGAGGGGUCAUGUGGUGUUCGUUUCCAAUAGCUAUUCAGUGUUUUGCGAAGGGAAGUGAGGCGUUGUCGAGAGAAAGUGUCAUUCGUGGUUCAAACGAUCUUCUCAUGUCCAGUUGUGCUCGUGUCUGGUGUUGCAUUCACUUGGAUAUCGAUAAUACUUGUUUUCAGUGUUCAAGCGUGGAAAUCGUAUAACCUCAAGUGUGUAUUUAGAUGGUGUUUAUUCAUUGCCAAAACUUCAUCAAGCAGAAGGGGAGCAUUAUUCUUGUAGACCAUGACAGUUUCUUAAGACUGUUGAUCCUACUUCUUCACUUGUUUUUUGGUUUGUUUUUGGUUCAUUUUUUUACAGCGGUGGUCUGUCAGUGCUAGAGAAAGCACACUAUCUUGAUUUAGUCACUGUGCCUUAUUAUGGGGGCAAACAAUCCUCCUUACAAGGAGCCUCCUUAUAAAUAACACGUGUAAUUAAACUCUGUUACGUUUGAUUGAUGGGAUUCAUGUCUGUACUUCAAUUCACUGUAAUAGCAUUUUGAUGAUGCUGUUUUUAGUCAAUUAUAUCAUACUUCUUAUUUGUGCAUGUGUAAGCUAGCGUUGUUUUAUUGUCAACAAAAACCAACUCGCUCGGCCUCCUGCUAAUAGUGGUUUUCCAUUCACUUUAAGGAUCGAGUAAUGGAGCAUGAAAUUAAAACGUAUGAUUUCAACAUUACCUCAGAAUUACGCUAAAACCUCUUUGAGGGUUUCAAAAGCCAGUUUGUAGUACAUCUGUUGAUACACGCCCGAAAUAUCUGUACAUACAGUAAGCGUAACGAGCAUUUAAGGAACAGUCCAAACAAAAAUGAUGAAUCAUUUAUUCACCCUCAUGGAUCACAAAAGAUGAUGUUCACACUUGUUCUUUUCCAGACAAUGAAAGUAAAUGGGGUUGCAUAAAAAAGAGACAUUUAGUCAAGUGUGCUAUUAGUAGACUUAUAUAAACUACAACUUGGGCCAGUUUGGUAGUAUUGAAAAAAGUAUACUACUGCAAAUACACUUGAACUUUGCUUUAAGUACAUGCGUGUUUCAAGUCUUCUGAAGCCAUACAUUUUAUGUAACACACCAAAAUUUUAAUCGUAAAAUCUUCGAUACACUACAGUAUAUGUACAAUCUAUACAGACUACUUGUAUACUGUACUCUUAUGGCACUCUUUCCAGCCCCGUUCACUGUCACUGGAAAAGAGCAGCUUGCACCUUCUUUUCAACAUCUUUUUCCAGAGUCACACAUCAUGAGAGUGAAGAAAUAACAUAUUCAGAGUUUUUAAGUAAACCAUUCCUUUAACACUCAUAAAGUACAGUACUGUGCAAAUGUUUCCCAUCACCUUUUCUUUAUUUUCAAGAAGUAGUCAUCAAUAGUAUUUUUGCGUGUUUGUCUCAAUGUUUUGCACAGUACUGUAUAGUAACAAUUAUCGGUUGUACUUUUUGCAUACUGUAUAAAAGCUCUUGAGGAUGAAAUGUGUCUUAUUUUAGUUUGAAUGAAGUGUUCUUGGUUAAUCUUGAUGCAUGUCAAACUCAAAAGCUAUUUUUUAAAAAUACCUGCAUAGUAUUUUUGACGGCUUGAAUGCUCCUUACCAAACUGCAUUUCAUGUGGAGUAGUUUUGUGGGUAAGAUCUCAGUCUUGUCUGCGUGAUGUAUAAUUGUUACUCAAAUAUCAUUUUUGUCUCUGAAUAUCUGAGUGUUUCUUGUACAUAAAGCAUUUGAAGGUUUUUGUUUCCAUGUUUCCAACAGAAUGUGGUGUGGUGGAGGUCAUUGUUGUUACAAACUUUAAUGAAAUGAAAGAAUCACAUGGGACCAAGAGUAUGAUGGGAUUGCUGUUUACUGACUGAUUAAAGACUAGACAUAUUGAGGCAACUGUCAGAAUACAAACGAUUUUAUCAUCACUUCAGUUAUUUGUUUUGAUCCUCACUUGGAGAAAAGGGAUGAAUACGUAAGUAACCAAAAUAAACUGAAAGCCUUCAUUGUCGA